AUGGGGCCAGCGCAUGGGGCCAGUGGUGGAGCAGCGGUGGUGCAGUGGUGGAGGGGAUCUGGACUCGCCCUGAAAGGUGGGGUCUAUCCCGGCACAACUUUCUUUCAAAACUUACCGAAUAAUCCAACAUCCACUAUUAUGUAA